AUGCCUAUAAUUAGUGAUGAACAAAUAUGCCUUGAAGGUGAUAAAGAAAAUGAAGAUAUUUAUGCUAAUAUUAUGCAGAAUUCUGAUUGUCAAGGGAAAAUAUCUGUUUGGAAAAUGGAGUUUGACUCAGAAGAGCAUGCUCACCAAUGGUAUAAUGAAUAUGCUAACGAAGUUGGAUUUAGCAUUCGAAAGCAAUGGAAAAAUGAGGAUAGAUUUAGUGGAGUAAUAUCAAAUAAUUCAGGUAUACCACCUAAAUUGGCACAUGAAUUGAUGAGUCAUCAAGUUGGAGGUAGAGAAAAUCUUGGUUUUACUAAGCAAGAUCAUAAGAAUUAUUUGAGGACUAAGAGGAAAAGUGAUUUGCAGCAAGGUGAAGUUGGGGGUCUUCUGAAUUAUUUUCUUAGUCAAGUAUCAGAAAAUCCAUCAUUCUUUUUUCGAGUUCAAUUGGAUGUUGAAGACCAAAUCACUAACAUAUUCUGGGCUGAUGCUAAAAUGAUUUUCGACUAUGGUAUAUAUGGUGAUGUGGUAUUCUUUGACACAACUUACAGGACCAAUAAAGAGUGUCGACCUUUUGGAGCAUUUGUUGGAGUAAAUCAUCAUUACCACUAG